GCCGCCUCUUCUGCCGCCGCCCGAUACGACGGCGCCGGGCUCGGCGCUCAUGUGCCGGCUGCAGUACCUGGCAGACGGGGACCCAUUUUCGUGCGCCGCCUUCCCGGAACCGCGCCGCCCGCCCGUGCAGCCUGUCCUGGAGGCGCUGCCGCUCGCCGCCCAAGUGCCCGCCUUCCACCGCCUGUUGGGCGCGCCGAUGCCGCUGGAAGACUGUGCUGUGCAGGUCCUGCCUUCAGGGCAUUACCUGGACCUUGAGCUUUCACUGCUGGAGCAGAAAGAUGAACUGGAGGGGUUCUAUGAAGACAUCAGCAAAGGGAGGCGGCCCAUCCUGCUUCUGCGCACGCAGCUCUCCGUCCGCGUGCAGGUGAUCCUUGAGAAGCUGUACAGCUCCAAGGGCCCCGAGCUGCGGCGCUCCCUCUUCUCCUUGAAGCAGCUCUUUCAGGAGGAUAAGGACCUGGUGCCGGAAUUUGUGAGCUUGGAGGGCCUGACGUGCCUCAUCACUGUGGGGGCUGAGGCCGACCAGAACUACCAGAACUACAUUCUCCGUGCCCUUGGCCAGAUCAUGCUCUUCGUGGACGGCAUGACAGGUGUGAUCCAGCACAGUGAGACCGUGCAGUGGCUCUACUCACUUUGCGGCAGCCUGUACCGCUUGGUGGUGAAGAUGGCCUUGAAGCUGCUGCUGGUCUUUGUGGAGUACGCGGAGUCCAACGCCCAGCUGCUCAUCCAGGCCGUCCUCACAGAGGAGCAGGCCAGAGGGAGGCUUCCGUGGUCGCGCCUCAUGGCUCUCCUGGAGCAGAAGAACGGGGCUGACAGGGAGCUGCAGGUGUUUGCCAUGACACUCAUCAACAAGACGCUGGCCGCCCUCCCGGACCAGGACUCCUUCUACGACGUGACCGACUGCCUGGAGCAGCAGGGCAUGGAGUGCAUUGUCGAGCAGCUGCUGGCCCAGAAGGGCCUCGACCCAGAUCUGAGGCAGCAGCUGGCCGUCUACGAGACGGCCCUCAAGUUCGAGGACUGCGUCGAGGAGCCCCCAUCCGGCCCGCGGAGCAAGGAGCGCAGAAGGGGCGCGGAGGGCCCACGGGGGCCACAGCGGUCGGUGUGUUGUGUGGUGGCCCAGGAGGAUGCCUGGAGAGCCGCAGAGGCCGAGGCCCAGCAGCCCAGUCCCGCUCCCGUUCUCACUCCAGUGCUGGGCCCUGCCGCGGAGAGCCUCGACGACCGGCCCGGCUCGCGGAGCACGUUCAGCAGCGCUUCCGAGGUGCAGCUCUCAGUGCCCCCGGGCGAGGGCGGGGAGCAGCUGGCCGGCCUGGGCGAGAGGAGCAUCUACAAAGCCCGUUUCCUGGAAAACCUUGCUGCAUCCCAGAAGGAAAAGAUGGUGGCCAUCUCCAAGGGGCGGGCAGGGAUCCUGGCGGAAGUGGCUUCAGGAGCAGAGCCAGGUGCCCCAGAGAGAUGGAGCAAUGACCAGAAGGAGCCCAGCUCCGGGCCAGCCUUGACUGGGGUCUGCAGCGGCCAGGUCAUGGGGGUGCCGGCAGCCCAGGAGGCCUCCAGCAGCCGCCCCGUGGGUCCCUGCAGCAGCAUCGCGGGGAGUGUUCUGCCCCAAGGGGGCACAGAGCCCUGCGGCGGCACUGCUUCUGGGGAGAUGCCGAACCAUCACGGUGAGACGGAGGUGGGGAGGGGGCCUUCCCCCCCCGCAGAGGCCCAGAGCAAGGCGGGCUGGGCCAAGCAGGGCAGCUGUCCAGGCCAGAGGUUGGAGGACCUGCCCGACUUGCGGGGCCACUCACUGCAGUCCCAGCUCAGCACUGAGGCCAAGGCCGGCCUGGAGAGAGCCCUCGCGUCGCCAUUCCAGAAGGAUGCUGGGCUGGGGGCGGACCUGCUGGCCCCCCCCCCUAAACUCCUCAGGAUCCGAGACCUGGACUUCUCUGACCUGGGUGAGGAGGAUGACGACGACCUUCUUGAUGCGGGGCCAGCGGGGCCUGCAGCCGCUCCCCUCCUCCCUGGCUGCCCCCCUGCCCCCCCUCCCCUGCCGGGGCCCCCGCCCCCGCCCCCGCCCCCUCCCGGUGCUGUCCCUCCGAUGCUCCCCCUGGGCUGCCCACCUCCCAGCACGCUCCACCCGUCUCCGGAGCAGGCCCAGGGGAAGAAGAAGAAGACUGUCCGGCUCUUCUGGAAGGAGCUCGUGGGCGUUGGCGGCCCGGCCGGCGGUGGGGCCAGCUGCUUUGGGCCAGCCACACUGUGGGCCUCCCUGGAGAGGGUCGAGGUGGACACGGCCAAGCUGGAGCAUCUGUUCGAGUCCCGUGCAAAGGAGGUGCUGAGCUCCAAGAAAGCUGCGGAUGCAAAGAAGCUUGUGGUGGUCCUGGACCCCAAGAGGAGCAACGCCAUCAACAUCGGGCUGACGGUGCUGCCCCCGAUCCCUGUCAUCAAGGCGGCCAUCAGCAACUUCGACGAGUUCGCCAUUGGCAAGGAAGGGAUCGAGAAGAUCCUGGCCAUGGUUCCCACGGAGGAGGAGAAGCAGCGGAUCCAGGAGGCGCAGCUGGCCCACCCCGGCAUCCCCCUGGGCUCCGCUGAGCAGUUCCUCCUGGCGCUCUCCUCAGUCCCCGAGCUCAGCGCCCGACUCCAGCUGUGGGCAUUCAAGCUGGACUACGACACCAUGGAGCAGGAAAUUGCAGAGCCUCUCUUUGACCUGAAAGUUGGGAUGGAGCAGCUGGCCCAGAACCGGACCUUCAAGUGUGUCCUCGCCACUCUCCUGGCCAUGGGCAACUUCCUGAACGGCUCCCAGAGCCGAGGGUUCGAGCUGAGUUACCUGGCGAAGGUCUCGGAGGUGAAGGACACAGUGCGCCGACAGACGCUGCUGCACCAUCUGUGCCACCAUGUGGUGGAUAAGUUCCCCGACACGACGGACCUCUACUCGGAGAUCGCCGCCCUCAUGCGCUCUGCUAAGGUCGAUUUCGAUGCGCUGGCCGAAGGGCUGCUUCAGCUCGACCAGCGCUGCAAGGCCUCCUGGGAAAGCCUGAAGGCCAUCAUGAAGCACGACACCAAGCCUGGGCUGAAGGGCAAGCUGGUGGACUUCCUGCAGGGCUGCACCCAGAAGAUCGUCAUUCUGAAGGUGGUGCACAGGCGGGUCCUGAACAGCAGGUUCCGCGCCUUCCUCCUGUACCUCGGCUAUGACCAGCACUCAGCGCAAGACGUCAAGGUCACGGUCUUCUGCCAAACCCUGCGGGAGUUUGCGCUGGAGUACCGCACCUGCCGGGAGCGCGUCCUGCAGCAGCAGAAGAAGCGGGCAGCCUGUCGGGAACGGAACAAGACCCGCGGCCGGCUGAUCACAGAGCUGGAGAAGUUUGCCACUGUUUGCCCUCCGGAGGAUGCUUCCAGCUGUGCUCCAGCCGUGCUCACUGCCAGCCCAGAGCGGGCGGACGGCACGGACCACAGCAGCAUGGCCAGCGUGCUUGCCUCCCCUGCCACCGAGCCCUCUGCCCGCCGUUCCCGGGGUGGCAAAGGAGCCAGCAGGCUGAGCCCGCCCAGCGCGCCCCCCACCCCGCCAGAGGACACGGCGGGCUCUCCUGAAGAUGCCUCUGAGGAGAUCAUGGACCGCCUGGCCAGGUCUGUCACGCAGAGCACGCCGCCACGGCCAGGUGCAGGGAGGCUGCGCAAGCGCUCCCGAGUGAGCCGAAAAUCCCUGCGGCGGACCCUGAAGAGCGGCCUGAGCGAUGAGCUGGUGCAGGCCUUGGGCCUGGAGCAGGCGGCCGGAGUGGCGGUGUGACCGCGCGGAGGGGCUGGACAACGCUGCUCGUGCCCGCGGGGCUGAGCUGGAGGAGCCCUCGGGAGCUGGCGGCCAGGAGGCGGCCAGUUCAGGACGUGAGUCCCCCAGGCGCCUGGAGCCGCCCCGCCUCGCGAAAGGGCCCUGCUGGCCAGUGGCACUGCCGCACCUGCGUGUGUGUGUGCGUGCGCGCACACGCUUCAGCGCCUUCUGCCCAGCGCCUGUCCGAGGAGUCGGAGUCCACGGCCCUUCUGCAGGGCCUGCCAUGGCUGCAGCGGAGGAAGCCACCCUGACCCUUUGCCGCCAGCCUGCCCGCCCGGAGGAAGAAGGAAGGCCCUUGGCUCCCGGCCGGGAACGGGCCGUCGCUGCGAAGGGAGCCCCCCGGCCACAGGCCUGGGCGGGCGGGACGUGCUGAAGACCGCUUUCCCAGCCAACGGGCUCCUGCUGUAGCCGCUGGUCUUCCAGUGUGACAUUAAAGCUGUUUCGGCACUUGC